CAGCAGCUCAGCAGACAGAUCUCAAGAGCUCUCUGCUCCCUGUUGGAAAGUUGUCCCAUGAUGAAGGCCUAGCCUGGGUCACGGAGAAUUUGGGAUGCAGCCUUUGACAAAGGACACAGGCAUGAGCCCGGCCUCUGUGACGCUGGCCAGUGCCCUGCAGGUCAGGGACGAAGCUUUGUCUGAGGAGGAAAUCUGGUCCCUCUUGUCCCUGGCUGCUGAGCAGCUCCUGGAAGACCUUUGCAAUGACUCCUCGGACUAUAUAGUCUGCCCCUGGACAGCUCUGCUGUCUGCGGCCGGGAGUCUAUCCUUCCAAGGCCAUGUUUCUCACAUCGAGGCUGCGUCUUUCAAGGCCCCUGAACUGCUACAGGGACAGAUCGAUGACGAGCAGCCUGAUGUGUCUCAGAUGCACGUCUAUUCUUUAGGAAUGACCCUCUACUGGUCAGCAGAGUUUCAUGUUCCACCAAACCAGCCUCUGCAGCUUGGUGAGCCCCUGCACUCCCUUCUGCUGGCCAUGUGUGAAGACCAGCCUUGCAGGCGGCGGACCUUGCCGUCGGUUCUGGAAGCUUGUCGGGCUCAUCAGAAAGAAGUGGCUGUGUUCCCAGCCCCUGCCAGUCUCCAUGUCAGACGGCUGGUUGGCUUGGUUCUGGGCACCAUCUCUGAGGUGGAGAGAAGAGUUGUGGAAGAAAGCUCCUCUGUGCGGCAGAACAGAAGCUACCUGCUCAGGAAGAGGCUGCAUCGGGCAAGCAGCGAGAGCCCAGUGGCGCGGUCCCUGGAGUGUCUGCAUCCCUGCAGAGUUUCAGAGAGAAGCACAGAGACCCAGAGCACCCUGGGGCCCCAUUCGAGUACCUCGGCACACAGUCACUGCAGCUUCUUAGCUGACAGCGCUCUGCCAGCUGCAGCGCCCCAGGACCGUCAGGAGGGCCUGCAGCUCAGCUCUGGAUCCACGCUCUCGGCGGCAGCAGAAAGCACACAGCAGCUGGCAACUCCUUCUCAAAGGGGUUUUCUGCAAAGAAAGGGAAAGUUCUCCAGGCCAGAGUUCAUCCUGCUGGCUGGAGAGGCCCCUGUGACACUACAUCUGCCUGGAUCAGUUGUGACCAAAAAAGGGAAAUCCUAUUUGGCUCUCAGGGACCUCUGUGUGUUCCUGCUGAGCGGGCAGUGUCUAGAGGUAAAGUGUGACAUUGAGUCGACAGCAGGAGCCGUCUUCAACGCCAUCACGUCCUUUGCCAACCUUGGGGAGCUCACCUAUUUUGGCUUGGCUUACAUGAAAGGCAAAGAGUUCUUUUUCCUGGACAAUGAAACCAGAUUGUGCAAAAUCGCCCCUGAAGGUUGGAGAGAGCAGCCCCAGAAGACCUCCACGAAUACCUUCAUGCUGUUUCUGAGGAUAAAGUUCUUUGUCAGUCACUUUGGGCUGCUCCGGCACAACCAGACGAGGCAUCAGUUUUACCUACAGCUUCGGAGAGAUGUCCUGGAGGAGAGGCUGCACUGUCCUGAUGAGACGCUGCUGCAGCUGGCGGUCCUCGCCCUGCAGGCCGAGUUUGGCAGUUAUCCUAAGGAGCAGGUAGAGAGUAAGGCGUAUUUUCGGGUUGAAGAUUACAUCCCAGCAAGUCUGAUUGAGAGAAUGACUGCUCUCCGUGUCCAACUCGAAGUCUCAGAGAUGCACCGGCUCAGUUCUACAUGCUUUGGAGAGGAUGCUGAGCUGGAAUUCUUGAGGGUCACUCAGCAGCUCCCGGAAUAUGGCGUGCUGAUUCACCGGGUUUUCCCAGAGAAGAAGAGACCAGAAGGGGAGAUGGCCUUGGGGAUCUGUGCCAAGGGUGUCAUAGUAUACGAAGUAAAAAGCAGCAGCAGAAUUGCAACUUUACGGUUUCAGUGGAGUGAAACUGGCAAGAUUUCGACUUACCGAAAAAAGUUCACCAUCACAAGCAGCAUCACUGGGAAGAAGCACACGUUUGUCACCGAUUCAGCCAAGACCUGUAAAUAUUUACUGGGCCUCUGCUCUGCCCAGCAUGGGUUUAAUGUGCAGAUGGGCUCUGGGCAGUCUCCCCAAGUUUUAACUGAUCACAAUACGUUUGUGCAAAUGGCCAAUUUGGGUCCUGCACACAAGGCCCCUUCCAACUUUCUCACUUGGAUUCAGAGAUUGUCGUGCUCUGAAGACGCGUUGUUUGCGCCCAAGCUGCAGGAUGCCAUGGGAAGCCUGCUGAGCUCCUCGCUGGAUCACCUGCCCAUGGAGGCCAGCAGGGUGGCUGGGGCAGAAGGAAUCGGGGGCAGCCUCUGCACUGGCCGGGAGCAGCUGGAGAGCAUCUGUUUGAUCCAGAAGCCAAUGACUUGUGACCCUCUCUCUGGGCCACCUGCUAACAGUGUGCGCACGGGGUCACAGAAUAACAAGAGAAAGACAUUUAUAGCUGAACUAGGUCGAGAAAUUGUGUGUGUGACACUGAACCGUGAUCCACACCGUGGUUUUGGUUUCGUCAUUAAUGAGGGAGAGGAUGUUGGCCAAGCUGACCCUGGCAUUUUUAUAUCUUCUAUUAUUCCUGGGGGACCAGCAGAAAAAGCUAAAAAGAUUAAACCAGGAGGGCAGAUUUUAGCCUUGAAUCACAUCAGUCUGGAGGGCUUCACGUUCAACAUGGCUGUUAGAAUGAUUCAGAAUUCUCCCGACAACAUAGAAUUAAUCAUUUCUCAGUCAAAAGGUGUUUGUGGAAACACCUCAAGUGAGGAAAAGAACAGCAUGGCCAGUUCUGGGGCCUUCUCUACAGACAUCCUAAGCAGUGGACACUUGGGCAGUCUGUCAUCACCCAUGCAAGACCAGGACAGAAAUACUGGAGAGCCAGAAAUGACUCAGGAACAGAGCUUAAUGCCUGGGUUGAGGCCUCAGCUUUCCCCUCUGUCAUUAAAGGACGCUGGUUCUUCUUGUCUACCACUUUCAGAAGCCAAUGCCAGUGAAAUCUACUUUGUGGAACUGGUUAAAGAAGAUGGAACGCUUGGAUUCAGCGUGACUGGUGGCAUUAACACAAGUGUGCUCUACGGAGGGAUCUACGUGAAAUCCAUCGUUCCUGGGGGGCCGGCAGCCAGGGAAGGGCAGAUCCUGCAGGGUGACCGGCUCCUGCAGGUGGAUGGAGUGAAUCUGUGUGGCCUCACCCACAAGCAAGCUGUGCAGUGCCUCAAGGGUCCUGGGCAGGUUGCAAGACUGGUCUUAGAGAGAAGAGGCCCCAGGACUGCACAGCAGUGUCCUUCUGCUAAUGACAGGAUGGGAGAGGAGCACUCGGCUGUUUCCUUGGUAACAGCUUUGCCUGACAGGCGCACAAGCUGUGUCUCGGUGACAGAUGGUCCUAAAUUUGAAGUCAAACUGAAAAAGAAUGCCAAUGGUUUGGGAUUCAGUUUUGUGCAGAUAGAGAGAGAGAGCUGCAGCCACCUCAAGACUGACCUUGUGAGGAUUAAGAGGCUCUUUCCAGGGCAGCCAGCAGAGGAGAACGGGGCCAUCGCAGCUGGUGACAUUAUCCUGGCCGUGAAUGGAAGGCCCACGGAAGGCCUCAUCUUCCAGGAUGUGCUCCAUUUACUGCGAGGGGCCCCACAGGAAGUCACACUCCUCCUUUGCCGCCCUCCUCCAGGUGUGCUGCCCGAGAUGGAGCAGGAAAGGCAGACUCCCAUACUCUCAGCAGACAAAGAAUUCACCAGGGCAACAUGUAUUGACUCAGAGCUGAGCCCCAAUCUGGAUCAAGAGGAUAGCUGGAGGGACAGUGCCUCCCCAGAUGCAGGGGAAGGCCUGGGUCCUAGGCCAGAGUCUUUCCAAAAGACCAUCAGAGAGGUGCAACAGGUCCAGGACAUGGAGAGACCUCGGGCCAGUUCCUUGCCGCGUCCUCCCGAGUCCCACCCUCACCUGUGCAAGCUUCACCAAGAAACGCACGCAUCAGCACUGGCCACCUCCCUGGAAAAGGAUGUGAGGCAAAACUGCUAUUCAGUUUGUGAUAUCAGGAGACUUGGAAGAUUUUCCUUCUCAUCCUCUCUAAGCAGACUUUCGACAGAUAUUUUCUGA